AUGGGAACAAAGAAGAAAGCUUCCUGUCCGGGACUUGGUCUGUUUUAUACCUUACUGUCUGCCUUCCUUUUCUCGUUGACCUCUUUAUUUCUAAAAAAAAUAGAAGAUGUGCACUCAGUGGAAGUGAGCGCGUUUCGAUGCGUUUUCCAAAUGGCAUUUGUUCUUCCUGGUUUAAUAUACUACAAAACAGGGUUUUUGGGACCAAAAGGUAAAAGAAUCUUUCUCUUCUUCCGAGGAUUCUUUGGUUCUAGUGCAAUGAUUCUUCUCUACUAUGCUUUCCAAGUAAUGCCUCUAGCUGAUGCCACUGCUCUAACUUUUACCAGUCCUGUUUUUACGUCAUUGCUGGCUUGGAUCUUUCUCAAAGAGAAAUACAGUAUUUGGGAUCUUCUGUUUACCCUCUUCACAAUCACUGGAGUGGUCCUGAUUGCCAGACCACCAUUUAUUUUUGGGUCGAACGCUAUGGGGAUUGAAGGAAGUUACACAGAUCAUCUUAAAGGAACUAUAGCAGCAAUUACAAGUGCGGUAUCUACAGCUUCAACUUUUGUUAUACUGAGAAAGGUGGGAAAAUCUGUGCAUUAUUUUUUGUCUAUUUGGUAUUAUGCAGUAAUUGGUUUAACUGGAUGUGUUAUAGCAUUGUUUCUUAUGAAUGAAUGGAGUUUACCAUAUUGUGGUAAAGAUAGAGUCCUUCUAAUAUUAAUAGGCCUUCUAGGGUUAGGGGGUCAGAUAUUUCUCACAAAAGCAUUACAGAUAGAGAAAGCUGGACCUGUUGCCAUAAUGAAAACAAUGGAUGUGGUGUUUGCUUUUAUUUUACAGAUUCUUUUUCUUAAUCGUCUACCAACUUGGUGGACUGUGGGUGGUGCCCUUUGUGUAAUAGCUAGUAGUUCUGGAACUGCCCUUCGUAAGUGGCAACAAAGUUCAAAAAAAGCUAAACAGAAUGAAAUCUAACAAUGCAGACGCUACUUCAUUACAGAAGCAUAAAUAAUCUUGAAAAAUACAAUAUUAUUUAUUUUAAAUAUUUCAUUUAUCAAAUUAUAGUAUCCAGUUAUACCUGAUAAAAGUUUAUUUUUCUUUUUAAAACAAAAUCAAAGCCGUCUAGACAACUGACUAGGUAUCCGCUUUUUCGUCUUAUAUUUAGGCAUGCAAGUAUGAGGAGUAGGAAGAUCUUUACAAGUUGCUUGCUUCCCAUCUUAAACUGGAAAAUAGUUGUUGGACAGGCACUUAUUUUCCUUUAGUUUUUACUCCUGAUUCUCCACUUCUUGGACCCUGUUUCUUUUCUCCUGAGAAGUGGGAAUCAAGGUCUUACAAGCUAAUUUGGUAUUAUUCUGUGCUUCGUUUCCGGAGGGACUGCAGUGCAAAAAAGCUAGACUACAAUGAAGAAUUACAGCCCUAUAAACAUCCAACUUUCAUAGGACAGAUAAGGCUUGCAUAUUUACAACCCUUCUAAUAUUUUUGGACAAAACAGAUGCCAAAUAUGUAAGGAUUUAUUUUUGAUUGAGCUCUAAGUGAACAAAGGAUGUUUCAUCUUUCCAAGUACUGUCAAGAGAAAAUGUAAUGUGAAAAUUAUCAGCUUUACUUUCUUAAAAAAAAAAAAAGUUAAAUAUUUUGCACUCAAUUUACUAACAUAAUGAAAUAACCAACUAUCAUCAUUUUAAUGUAAUGUUCCUGAUAACUAUUUCUUUAGUUUCUGCAGUCUUGGUGAUUAGAGACAGUAGUUAUUUGUAUACCACUUGUAAAUUAGCUGUUUCUUGUGGUAUCGAAUGUUACACUCUAGCUGCACUCUUCUUUAGUCUAUGCAAAAGAUUAUCUUCAUUUUUUUAAAAGUUUUUAAUACAGAUUAAUUUAAAUGCUGCUUAUGACUGCAUUGUUUUUGUACAAAAAAUCUUUACAAGACAAAGUUUUAAGUUGUCUUGACCUUCAUAAAGUUAGGUAAAUGCUUUAUUGUAAACCCUUCUAUUUCCUAGGAAUAUACUGGAGAGCGCAAGACUAAUCAUGUUUUCUGACAGAAAAUGAGAGUUGGCUAAGGUCAUAGUGGAGGGUGGAGUUAGGCAUACAUGACUCAUGACGUGGAGGCCUGCACCCUGCAUCAGACAGGGCUAGCUGAUAGCUUCAACCUCAUUUCUCCAGCUGCCCCUGUUAAAUCUGCAGCUAGCCACUUGCACAGUUUCUCAUUUUGGUAGACUGUAUCUUUAUAGCGACAAAUACUAAGGAAAAACUGAGUCCUGUUGUUGAUCUCUGUUUCC